AGAUCAGAAGUGUGGAGAAGAUCGUGGUUCACCCAGGCUGGAAUGAUAACUGCCUGUCUUGUGGUAAUGACGUUGCGAUGAUUAAACUGGCCUCACCUGCCAUUGUGAACGACAAGGUGCAGCCCUCCUGUGUGCCAGAGAGUGGAGAGAUCGCUCCUCACAAUGACCCCUGCCAAAUCACGGGCUGGGGAAGACUCUACAGUGGUGGUCCCAUUGCCUCUAAGCUCCAACAGGCUCUCCUUCCUGUGGUUGGGCACAGCGUCUGCAGCAGCAGCGGCUGGUGGGGGAGCUCUGUGAAACCCACAAUGAUCUGCGCUGGUGGUGACAUCCGAUCUGGCUGCCAUGGGGACUCAGGAGGCCCUCUGAACUGCAGGGGUGGUGAUGGGAGGUGGUACGUGCAGGGUGUGACCAGCUUCGUCUCCUCUCAAGGAUGCAACACCCUCAUGAAGCCCACGGUGUUCACUCGCACCUCUUCCUUCACCAAGUGGAUCAGUGACACGAUGCUGCAGUACUGAAGACUUUAAACCUUUUUAUUGUCAAUAAAUUCAUUAACUACA